UGGCGGUGUGGGUCGCCGUCCACAGCCUGCUCCACUCCUUCGUCCAGGCCGAGGCGGCUUCCAGGUGGCCAGCUUGCGGCGCAGAUAGGGGGCUUCUCGCAGCGCGGCCAUCUUCCCCAGCGCGGCUAUCUUCCCCAGCGCGGCCAUCUUCCCCAGCGCGGCGGAUUCGCCCGAUCCGAACCCUGCUGGAGCUGGAGCCGACGGGGACGGAUCCGGAUCCCGCAGGCAGCAAGACCCGCCGCCGGUUCUUCAAGUUGGCGGAGGAGGAGGGGGACAAGACCUCGUCGGCGCCGCCCGCAUCGGCGUCGGCGAUCUACCCGACGCCGUCCUCCAGGACAUCAUCGCGCUCCUCCCCACCAAGGAAGCCGGCGCCGUCUCCCGCAUCCUCGCCGCUCACGGCGGCCCAGCAUCUCGGAGUGGUGAUGGCAAUGGAUGGGGGAAGGGAAGAUGGCAAUUUCGCUGGUGCAUCCUCCAGUGGUGCCGCCGGCGCAUCAUACAGUGGUGCCAUUCCUAGGCGAACAACGGACAGUAACAGUGGAGUGGAGGUGACUGCAAAAGAUGGGAGAGUGGUGAAGUUAAAUGGACCAAUUGAGGUCACAUGGAGCCAUGGCAAGCCUUACCCCAAACCUAAUGGGGCUGGAUUUCUGUGCUACUAUUGUUUUAAAACAAAAAAGGGUGGUGGUGUAUCUCGUCUAAGGGAGCAUCUUGGUGGAAUAACUGGGAAUGUAGUGGAGUGUAAAAAUGUGCCAACGCAUAUUAAGAAUAUAAUGGCAGAUGAAUUUGCAUCAGGAAGAAUAAGAAGGAAGAGAAGUACUAAUCUUCGUCUCUAUGUUGAAAAGGAGGUGGCAACAGAAAGGGUAUCUGGUAGGACAAGCAUCCCUCUUGAUGAAGAAGCACAGAUUGAGAUGGCAAUGAGAGAGUCUCUAAGGGAUUCUAAUUCCGCCAUGCAGCAAGAUAAUUCUUCAUCUUUUGGCAAGUCUGUUUGUAACAAGGUUGGUGCAAGUUAUUCAGCUAAUCAGCAAACUACGAUUGAUAGAUACUAUAAAGGUCCUGGAAGUUCUUCCAAUGCUCCUUUUGAUGUCGAUUUGGCUCGCAGUAAGGCCCAAGCACAACCUCGGGUGGAUGUUAUGCUAGAGGGGGUUGCCAAAGAGCAGCUUGGGAAAGCUUGGUCAAAAUGGUUUCAUGCUAAUGAUAUUCCCGGAAGAAAAGCGGACUGCCCAUACUUCCGCUCAGCAAUUAAGUUAACCCAACAAUUUGGUGAAGGAGUGCCAAUUCCACGUGGGAAAGAAAUAGAUGGUCCCUUGCUGGAUAUGAAUUAUGCUGACAUGGAGGCUCACAUGGCUGCCUUCAAGGAUGAUUGGAAAGAUUAUGGGGUUACUGUCAUGUGUGAUUCAUGGACAGGUGAAUACUUGUACCUUUGUAGGUCUGUAAAUGCAACCGGUGAUACUCAAAAUUCAGAAUAUCUUCUUGACAUGAUUGGUACAGUGGUUGGUGACGAGAUUGGAGCCAAAUAUGUUGUUCAAGUUGUCACAGAUAAUGGUUCUAAUUAUAAGAAAGCAUGUCAAGACUUGGUUACCAUGUAUCCACAUAUUACUUGGCAACCAUGUGCUGCCCAUACCAUCAACUUGAUGUUAAAGGACAUAGGGCACUUUCCUGAUGUUGAGGAAGUAGUGGAUAGUGCAAAGCGAAUUUGCAUAUUCUUAUAUAAGCAUAAUAGGCUGCAUGCUAUGAUGAGAGAAAAGAUAGGGAGGGAGCUGAUUCGGUGGAAUGCCACUAGAUUUGGCACUGUUUUCAUUUUUCUCCAGAGUUUUUGGGAUAGACAAGAUAAGUUCAAGCAAUGGAUGGUAUCUGAUGACUGGGAGAAAUGUGUGUGGGCUGGUAAGGCUGACCAUGAUUUCACAUAUGAUUGUUUGACCAGCAAAAAAUGGUGGAGUCAAAUGGAAGUGGUGUUAAAAGCUGUCUCCCCAAUCUAUUCUGUACUUCGUUUAGCUGAUCAGCAACAGAAGUUCUAUUCUAUAUCUGCAUUCAUUCCAAAAAUGAGGGAAUCUAUGGCAGAAAUACGUGGCAAUUUAAGUGAUAAUACCAUCCAAAAAAAUCUACAGAAUAGGGUGUUGGAAAAAGUCCAAGGAAGACUUGAUUAUCUUGCCAAUGAUACACUUAUGCUUGCAGCUGCCGCACUUGAUCCUAAAGCACUGUACACUUCCAAGCUUGCAAGGAAACCAAAGUCCAGACAUGCUGUCACAUUGGCCAUCAAGAAGCUUGCAGGCUCAUCUUCAAAGGCUUCUGCUGCAAUCGAUCAAUUUACUUUCUUCUCAAAACAGGGAGGGUUAUUUGGAGGAGCGGAGGCUCGAAAAUCGGCUCUUAAUGGCCGGUGUAGUGCAGCUGAUUGGUGGGAUCAAUAUGGUGGAGACUGUAGUGAACUACAAGAGGUUGCAAGGCGUAUUGUCUCACAAUGCAUGUCCUCUAGUGGGUGUGAGCGCAAUUGGAGCACAUUUGCCUUGGUGCACACCAAAUUGAGGAACCGGUUAAGUUACGAUAAGCUUCACAAGUUGGUUUUUGUACAUUAUAAUUUGAAGUUGCGUAUCCAACAUUUCGUAACUGACAUGCAAAACCUUCAAGAAAUGCAAACCAACAAGGAGCAUGAAAGAGAUUCUGAUCCUUGUAGCAUCCUAAUAGAUGUGACUUUGUAUGAUGAAAGGAACCCGAUCAUGGAUUGGUUGUGCACCUCUAGGAGUGAGUCCGCGCCGACUCUAGAUGAACGUGAUGACCAGAGGCCCGAAUCCCCUAAUCCUAGCAGACUUGUUAUAGAUGAGUUAGGGAUGAGUGAUGAAGAGGUGGCUGCAUUUAAAAAGAAGAUUGGUGGGAAACGGGGUAAGAAAAGGAAGGGAGAAUUUGAAGAUAUUUUCUCUGAUUAUGAAUCAGAAUCGGAUCAGCAAGGUAGCCCUGUUUAUGCUGAGUCAGGGGAGAGUAGUUCUGAUGACAGUGAAGGCAAUGGUGAUGGUGAUGCUGUUCAUGCUUCCGGUGAUGCAAAUGAACUUGGAGAGGGAGGCUCGACAACUCACAAAGGAGCUGGUAAGGAUAAGGGAAUCCCUCUCCGUCCGAGCUCGAAAAGGAUGAAGAAACGUUCUGUCAAGACCAUGUACUGAAGCCUGAAAGUCAGAUUCGAGGGUUCAUGCAAAAUGAAUUGCUAUUUGUUUGGGUUUGAGCUUGUCUUUUCGUGUGCUUCUAAUAUUUAGGACCAUGGACUAUUCUAUGUAGUAAUUGUUGGUACUUGGAAUUGGAAAUAUGGAUGGAGACUGUAAUAUUUGGGAUUGAGCAUCUUCAUGUGCAAUAUUUGAAACUCCAUGUUGAACAGACUA